CCGACAUUUGACACGCAACCCCGCCAGGAAAUGCAGCCGCGUCCCUGACACGCAGUCUGGAGAGUCCCUUCCUCGCCCCCCCCUCCACGUGCUCCCUGGGCGUCGAGCAGCCCCACCGAGCGCCGCUCCUGCGUGGCUGCGCCAAGGGGGCGCUUGCUGCCCGGCGGGAGGGGGCGCGCCCUUCCUCUGGGGCAAGACCCACGCGGCGAGCGGGCUUGGGGGGCGCUGCUCUCCCUCCUGAGCCGGCACAGCGAAGCCCGGCCAGCUCUUCUCCUGCUCCGUGGCGCCGCCCCGCCAGCCCCGCUCCCGCGGCUCCUCCUUCGCCCGGGCGCCUCUCUCCGACAGGCGGCGGCGGCGAAGGAGCAGCAUGAAGGGGGCGUCGUCGCCGACCUCGCCGUCGCCGACCUCGCCGUCGCCACUGCCACCGCACCAGCAGCAGCAGCAGCAGCAAUAGCAGUUCCUCCUGCAGCCGCCUCCGGCUCUGCCCCAUGGCCGCGUAGCUCGCCAGCCCCACUUCGCUGCCUUGGAGGGGGCAGGGCGGAAAGGACGAGGAGGCUGCAAAGGGGGGUGCCGCAGGCCGCCCCCUCCCCUCUUCCCACCACCCGAAAGCAACUCCUCCUCCCGCCAUGGCCUUCACCUUUGCCGCCUUUUGCUACAUGCUCACCUUGGUUCUCUGCGCCUCGCUCAUCUUCUUCGUCAUCUGGCAUAUAAUUGCCUUUGACGAAUUGCACAUGGAUUUCAAGAACCCCAUCGACCAGGGCAACCCAGCCAGGGCAAGAGAGAGGUUGAAAAACAUUGAGCGCAUCUGUUGCCUCUUGAGAAAGCUCGUGGUUCCUGAAUAUUCCAUCCAUGGCCUUUUCUGCCUGAUGUUUCUCUGUGCAGCUGAAUGGGUGACGUUGGGACUGAAUAUCCCCUUGCUUUUCUAUCACUUAUGGAGGUACUUCCACCGCCCGGCAGAUGGCUCAGAGGUGAUGUACGAAGCCGUCUCCAUCAUGAAUGCCGAUAUCUUAAACUAUUGCCAGAAAGAGUCAUGGUGCAAACUGGCUUUUUACCUGUUGUCGUUCUUCUAUUACCUGUACAGAACACUAGAACACGUGGACAUCCAAUGAAGCUGAAUGUUGGAAGAUUCAGGACAGACAAAAGAAAGUCCUUCUUCACACUGCGCAUAGUUAAACUAUGGAAUUCGCUCCCACGAGAGGCAGCGAUGGCCAGCAACUUGGAGGGCUUUAAAAGAAGAUGAGACAAAUUCAUGGAGUAUGAGGCUAUUAAUUGCUGCUGGCCACAGCGGCUCUGCUCUGCCUCCAUAGUCAGAGGCGUCAUGCUUCUGAACACCAGUUGUUGGAAACUGCAGGAGGGGAGAGUGCUUUUGCACUCAGGCCUUGCUUGCAGGCUUCCCAGGGGCAUCUGGUUGGCCACUGUGAGAACAGGCUGCUGGACUAGAUGGGUCACUGGCCUGAUCCAGCAGGCGCUUCUUAGGUUCUUAAGUAUCAGCAAAUUCGAUAGGUUAAUUAAGCAUUGUGCAAAAGACAACUUGUCUGCCAUGAAUCCCCCUCCCCCGUUUCCUGUUUAAUAAGAUGAUCUCCAGUUCCAGUAUAUUUGAGGAUGGGAGGGGCAGGAAAACCCUUCUCUAUUCACUUUCUCUGCUCCGUGUAUAAUUUUAUAACCACCUAUCACAAGAUGUUGUUGAACUCUCAUCCCCAUCAGCCCCAGCCAGCAUGGCCAGUGGCUGGAAAAGAUAAGACGAUAGACUUCUCAGCCUAGCUCUAUCAUUUCCCCUCUUAGACGACCAAGGGACAAAUUGUAACACAAUUUACUACUGCUUCCCCCAGAGCAUUAUUCACCCACCAACACCUAUGUUGAUCCUUGUUGGAAAGUGAUGGCCAAGGGGGAGGACCAGCUCUCUUCCAAGUAGAAAAAAGCUGACUAUCUGGCAGCAUUUUGUACUUUCCACAAGUAAUUAGACUUUUUUCUUUGCGAGUUUGCACUUGAAUGGGGGGAAAAGGUGGAGUGAUGUUUAGUUCCAGUUAAUUGCACAGGGGAGAGGAAAGAUAAAAAACAUUCAUGGGGACCAAAUGCGGCCCUCCCAACAUCUCUGUUUGGCCCCCAGCCACACCACUUCCUGGCCCUGCUUUGCACCCUCCUCCUUGAGUGUUUUUGCCCGGCUGGGCUGCGUCCUUGAACUCUGAUCAUCCCUCUUGCCUCCCUAGAUGGAGACUAGAGAGGGGUGUACUGUAUAAAGACAAAAUACAGAUUUGUUGCUCCACUGGCUUUUGCCUCUGGCCCCACCCACCACAGGCAUGCGGCCCUCAGAAGGUUUCCUAGAAGAGAAUGCAGCCCUCAGGUUGAAAAAUGUUGCCCAGCUCUGUUUUAAUUAAUAAAUAUAAACUGGGAGUGAGGUAGGUCCACACUGCGUAUUAACAUAGAGUUUGGACCUCAGUUUCUGUUGUUAUGAAAGGGAGAAAAUCUUACCAAUCUUUGCUGUAUUAGGCCACAUUCACAUCCUACAUUUAUUCCACUUUAAACAGUUAUGGCUUCCCCCAAAGGGGAAGGGUAGUUUGUGACAGGUACUGAGAGUUGUUAGGAAACCUCAGGUUCCUUCAUGGAACGACAGUUCCUAGAAUCCCCUGGCAAGAGGAAUUGACUUGACAAUUAUAGCUCUAUGAGGGAGGCCAAGAAUCUUCUAACAGCUCUCAGAACCUUUCACAAACUACCCUUCCCAGGAUUCUUUGGGGGAAGCAGUUUAAAGUGAAAUAAAAGUGGGAUAAAUGUAUGGUGUCGAUGUAGCCCUAGUCAUGACUUUACUCUGGUGACGGCUUCUUUACUUCUUUCUGUCUUCCUCCCUCUCUCUCUCUCUCUCUCUCCUUCCCCCUCCGUCCUC